AGCUCGCCGUCGCUGGGAGGCGCGCGCCGGCGGUCCUCGGCCGCUCCAGGUACCUGAGGGACGCGCGGCCGCCCCCGGCCGGCGGUGCAGCCCCCACCCCUCGGAGCCAGGCGCUGGGGUCUGAGGAUAGCAUUUCUCAAGACCUGACUUAUGGAGCACUUGUAACCUAAGAUAUUUCAGUCGAAGGAAGAAAUAGCUCUUCUCCUAAGAUGGAAUCUGUGGUUUGGGAAUGUGGUUGAUCAACUUGAUAUGUUGGCCAAAUGUGCCCCAUGUAAUAAAAUGAAAAGAAGAGACAAGAUGAUGUCAUUUUCCCAUAUUGUGAAACCAAAAACAAACGCCUUUUGUGAGACCAAGCUAACAAACCUCUGACGGUGCGAAGAGUAUUUAACUGUUUGAAGAAUUUAACAGUAAGAUACAGAAGAAGUACCUUCGAGCUGAGACCUGCAGGUGUAUAAAUAUCUAAAAUACAUAUUGAAUAGGGCUGAUCAUCUGAAUCUCGUUCAGACCCAGGAAGGAUGGCUAUGACUUGGAUUGUCUUCUCUUUUUGGCCCUUGACUGUGUUCAUGGGGCAUAUAGGUGGUCACAGUUUGUUUUCUUGUGAACCCAUUACCUUGAGGAUGUGCCAAGAUUUGCCUUAUAAUACUACCUUCAUGCCUAAUCUUCUGAAUCAUUAUGACCAACAGACAGCAGCUUUGGCAAUGGAGGAGGCUCUGGAAAAUAAUAUACAUCAGUGCAGAAACAAAUUGAUUCAUCCACAUUUGAAAGGCCUGGUGCCAUUCCAUCCUAUGGUGAAUCUGGAUUGUUCUCGGGAUUUCCGGCCUUUUCUUUGUGCACUCUAUGCUCCUAUUUGUAUGGAAUAUGGACGUGUCACACUUCCCUGUCGUAGGCUGUGUCAGCGGGCUUACAGUGAGUGUUCGAAGCUCAUGGAGAUGUUUGGUGUUCCUUGGCCUGAAGAUAUGGAAUGCAGUAGGUUCCCAGAUUGUGAUGAGCCGUAUCCUCGACUUGUGGAUCUGAAUUUAGCUGGAGAACCAACUGAAGGAGCCCCAGUGGCAGUGCAGAGAGACUAUGGUUUUUGGUGUCCCCGAGAGUUAAAAAUUGAUCCUGAUCUGGGUUAUUCUUUUCUGCACGUGCGUGAUUGUUCACCUCCUUGUCCAAAUAUGUACUUCAGAAGAGAAGAACUGUCAUUUGCUCGCUAUUUCAUAGGAUUGAUUUCAAUCAUUUGCCUCUCAGCCACAUUGUUUACUUUUUUAACUUUUUUGAUUGAUGUCACAAGAUUCCGUUAUCCUGAAAGGCCUAUUAUAUUUUAUGCAGUCUGCUACAUGAUGGUAUCCUUAAUUUUCUUCAUUGGAUUUUUGCUUGAGGAUCGAGUAGCCUGCAAUGCAUCCAUCCCUGCACAAUAUAAGGCUUCCACAGUGACACAAGGAUCUCAUAAUAAAGCCUGUACCAUGCUUUUUAUGAUACUCUAUUUUUUUACUAUGGCUGGCAGUGUAUGGUGGGUAAUUCUUACCAUCACAUGGUUUUUAGCAGCUGUGCCAAAGUGGGGUAGUGAAGCUAUUGAGAAGAAAGCAUUGCUGUUUCACGCCAGUGCAUGGGGCAUCCCCGGAACUCUAACCAUCAUCCUUUUAGCGAUGAAUAAAAUUGAAGGUGACAAUAUUAGUGGCGUGUGUUUUGUUGGCCUCUACGAUGUUGAUGCAUUGAGAUAUUUUGUUCUUGCUCCCCUCUGCCUGUAUGUGGUAGUUGGGGUUUCUCUCCUCUUAGCUGGCAUUAUAUCCCUAAACAGAGUUCGAAUUGAGAUUCCAUUAGAAAAGGAGAACCAAGAUAAAUUAGUGAAGUUUAUGAUCCGGAUCGGUGUUUUCAGCAUUCUUUAUCUCGUACCACUCUUGGUGGUAAUUGGAUGCUACUUUUAUGAGCAAGCUAACCGGGGCAUCUGGGAAACAACGUGGAUACAAGAACGCUGCAGAGAAUAUCACAUUCCAUGUCCAUAUCAGGUUACUCAAAUGAGUCGUCCAGACUUGAUUCUCUUUCUGAUGAAAUACCUGAUGGCUCUCAUAGUUGGCAUUCCCUCUGUAUUUUGGGUUGGAAGCAAAAAGACUUGCUUUGAAUGGGCCAGUUUUUUUCAUGGUCGUAGGAAAAAAGAGAUAGUGAAUGAGAGCCGACAGGUACUCCAGGAACCUGAUUUUGCUCAGUCUCUCCUGAGGGAUCCAAAUACUCCUAUCAUAAGAAAGUCAAGGGGAACUUCCACUCAAGGAACAUCCACCCAUGCUUCUUCAACUCAGCUGGCUAUGGUGGAUGAUCAAAGAAGCAAAGCGGGAAGCAUCCACAGCAAAGUGAGCAGCUACCACGGCAGCCUCCACAGAUCACGUGAUGGCAGGUACACACCCUGCAGUUACAGAGGAAUGGAGGAGAGACUACCUCAUGGCAGCAUGUCACGACUAACAGACCACUCCAGGCAUAGUAGUUCUCAUCGGCUCAAUGAACAGUCACGACAUAGCAGCAUCAGAGAUCUCAGUAAUAAUCCCAUGACUCACAUCACACAUGGCACCAGCAUGAAUCGGGUUAUUGAAGAAGAUGGAACCAGUGCUUAAUUUGUCUUGUCUAAGGUGGAAACCUUGUGCUGUUUAAAAAGCAGGUUUUAUUCUUUGCCUUUUGCAUGACUGAUAGCUGUUACUCACUGUUAACAUGCUUUCAGUCAAGUACAGAUUGUGUCCCCUGGAAAGGUAAAUGUUUGCUUUUUAUAUUGCAUCAAACUUGGAACAUCAAGGCAUCCAAAACACUAAGAAUUCUAUCAUCACAAAAAUAAUUCGUCUUUCUAGGUUAUGAAGAGAGAAUUAUUUGUCUGGUAAGCAUUUUUAUAAACCCACUCAUUUUAUAUUUAGAAAAAUCCUAAAUGUGUGGUGACUGCUUUGUAGUGAACUUUCAUAUACUAUAAACUAGUUGUGAGAUAACAUUCUGGUAGCUCAGUUAAUAAGACAAUUUCAGAAUUAAAGAAAUUUUCUAUGCAAGGUUUACUUCUCAGAUGAAUAGUAGGACUUUGUAGUUUUAUUUCCACUAAGUGAAAAAAGAACUGUGUUUUUAAACGGUAGGAGAAUUUAAUAAAUCAGCAAGGGUAUUUUAGCUAAUAGAAUAAAAGUGCAACAGAAGAAUUUGAUUAGUCUAUGAAAGGUUCUCUUAAAAUUCUGUCGAAAUAAUCUUCAUCCAGAGAUAUUCAGGGUUUGGAUUAGCAGUGGAAUAAAGAGAUGGGCAUUCUUUCCCCUGUAAUUGUGCUGUUUUUAUAACUUUUGUAAAUAUUACUUUUACUGGCUGUGUUUUUAUAACUUACCCAUAUGCAUGAUGGAAAAAUUUUAAUUUGUAGCCAUCUUUUCCCAUGUAAUAAUAUUGAUUCAUAGAGAACUUAAUGUUCAAAAUUUGCUUUGUGGAAGCAUGUAAUAAGAUAAACAUCAUACAUUAUAAGGUAACCACAAUUACAAAAUGGCAAAACAUUUUCUCUGUAUUCAUUGUUGUAUUUUUCUACAGUGAGAUGUGAUCUUGCCAAAGCCACCAGACCUUGGCUUCCAGGCCCUCCUAUAGUGAGUUGAUUGUCUGCACUUGCCUUGCCCAACAGCCAGUAGGCUACAGCUUUUGCCCCACACCCUUAUUUUCAGAUUCUGGAUCAUUCUUGUUUACAACUGAAAUAUAUAUAACCUCAGUCCAAAGUGGUGAUUGAUUUGAGUAUUUGAAAAUCAUUGUAGCUAAAUGAAGCAUGAUUAGUAGUCUUACUAUGAAUAUCAUUUAAUCUUAAAAAAAAUCAAGUAAAAAUGUUUAUCUGGUAAUGUUUAAAUAAUUUACAAUAUAAACUGUAAACCUUACUAGGCAUGAAAUCAAUCAGAAGAGAAAGAAAAAUGCUGGAACAUGCUUGAUGUAUUAUGUAAAAAGCAUAUUUAAACAAGGGUCCUCAACCCUGACUGCAGAUAAGAAUCACUUGGGUUACUUCAGAUGCCUAACAUCUUCCUCUCAUACAAAUAAGAAUUGGUAGCUUUCUUAAAAAAUAAAAAAAAGCAUUCCAGGUGAUUCUGAUCUGCAGCCUGGCUUGAAACUCACUACUUUAACUUGCCCCUGAUGAUCUGAUGGCAUCAUAUAUCACAAGAACAUCCACAUGGAUUCAGUCUUUUGCUUUUAUAUCAUUAUCUAAUAUUCAGUUGUUCCGCACCUGAUGCCAAAUUCUGGGCUCCACUCGUAGAGAGACUUACUCAGUAAGGCCAAAGGGAUAGGACUUUAAAAUCUGUAGUUAUAAAAAUACCACAGGUGAUUCUUAUGCAGGUAAUCCAAGAAUCAUACUUUGAAGAAUUAUUCUACCACAGGUGAUUCUUGUGCAGGUAAUCCAAGAAUCAUACUUUGAAGAAUUAUUCUAGACUCUGAAGAGGCCUGGCUCUGCCUUAUGCUAUUAUAGUUUAUGACCGUUAACAGUUUAACUCCCUGAGCCUCAGUUCCCUUGUUUGUAAAUGAAGAUAGAAGAUAAAUACCUACUCUACCUACCUCACAAAGCUGUCAAAUUAAGAUCAAGUGAAAGCUCUUUGAAAACUGUAAAGCAUUAUGAAUGAUAAGGGAUUAGGUUAUUGUGGAUUUAAGAGGUGUGAGGACUGCUAUAGUAACAUUCCUUGACAUGUGUUGAAUUCAUGUAUACUUUCUUUCUCACCCUUUAAAACAAAAACUGCCAAGAAAUUAGGUGUUGAAAAAGAAUCUUCUCAUCAGGCAGCAAUGUCAGUUUUCUGAUAGUAAUAAUUUGUCUAUUAUGUUAUAUAUUUCAAAGUACAUAUAUGAUAAUAUGACUUAUUCUUCAUGAGAGAUAUUUGAAUAUUUGGCCCCAAAUGUUUUUCAUUUUUCUCCGUGUUCAUUGCCUUUCUCCUUGGAACUGGAGUUAAUGCUCAAAGCAGGCAGGUCUGAAUUCCCUCAUAACUGACAAUUAGUAAACAUUUUCUCUGAAAGCCAAACAUAUAACAACUUAUUUAUCAAUAAUUCAUGAAGCUUUUGUCUGAGAAUCUCUCCUGCAAACAGCAUGAGAGAACUAAAACAAACAUUCACAAACAAAAAUAAGUUAAAAUAGAAGGUACCAGUUUGAGCUCGAAGAUGUUGUCAUCCAUUGCCAUCUGCAUUAUAUUAUCAACUGCCAAAAUGUUAAUUGGUUUUCUUUUACAAGUGGGCCAAGUAUAGACAGUUAAGUGAACAUCACUAUGAAAAUCUUAACUUGGUGCUUCUAGAUUUUUAGAUAAUCAUUUGUAUUUUCUCUAUUAAAUUAAUUGUUGGUAUGUAUGGGAAUACUAUAUUGACUUUUCAGUUACUUUCAGUAAGUAUCUUAAUUUUUCUCCCACAAAAUUUAUGUAAUAUUAUUAAUCCAUGAUUUUAAAUAACAGUAUUUAGUUUGGGCAGCAGUUUUAAGUCUCAACUAGCUUAAACCAAUCUGAAUAAGUCUGGACAGUUUUCCUACCAUAUGUUUAACUUUGAUUGGCAUAUGAUAAUGUUUAGUGUUUUCUUUUUUCAGUUGACAACUGAGAAAAUAAUAGUUCUCUCUAAAAUGUUAAUAUAUUAUCAAAAGAUUUUCAAAAAGUACUUUGAUUUGAGCAACAUUGUUUUAUUCAAUAAUUAGACAAAAGAUCUAAGAUAAUAUUAAACUCAAAACUGUUUGUUUCAAAGAACAAUUGGUUAAUAGCUGGCACAGGGAUUCAUACACAGUUUUUCAAUAAAUAUUUAAAUGAACAAUUAAUGUCACACAACUUGCUUUUACCCUAGUACUGAGUCUCACAUCAAAGAAAUUUGAAAGAUCUAUAACCUAUGUGAAACGAAGUCUCUGCUUUACCAGAAUAAUAUAUGGCAGGUAAUAAAUAUGUAAAGUACACCAAAUGAAACAUAUUUUGCAUAGAUAACAGUCCAUAUCACUAUUAUAAUUAAAGAAAUAUAUGUACAGACAUGUACCAAUCCUUUUAAUUAAUUUUAGAAGAUGAACAGUGAUUCUUAGAAGUGAGUAAUUAGACUCCUUUUAGUCUUAUGCUAUUAGAUCUUUGUGGACCAGCUGGGUAAAUGAAUCUUCAAAUCAACCUUUCUUUUUCUGCUGCUCUUAGAGCAGAUUUAUAAAAAUUCUAAGAAUGUCUUAAAAUUAGAAAAAUUUACUACAUUUUAACCUACCUCAUCAGUUUCUUUGUGAUAAUAGCUGAAAAUAACUCAAAUUGUACCCAUCUUAGUUUAGGCUGUAUCUCUGUGAAAUGAAAGGAACCACUUAAUUUUUUAAUAUAAAUUAGUGAAUCAUUUGCUGGAGCUUAGAAAAUAUUAACAUACCAAAAUUUCAUUAUGAUGAUAUUUAUAUUGCUUUUUGACAUGCCAAAGGUACAUUUACAUAUUACCAUAUUUGGAUGACUUACAUAGUCUAGUGUAAUGAAAAUUCCCCUGUGAUUGGAAUUUUAAGACUCAUGAUGUCAACUGGGCUGGUCAUUUAAUUUCUCUGAGUCUUUGUUCCUUCAGUGUAAAAUGUAGAUAAGGUAAUUUUUGGUUUUAGCCUCCCUCACUGGAUAUUGUAAGGAUCAAAUGAAAUAAUAUUUAUUAUAAUGCUCUGUAACCCAUAAAUUAUUCUACUUAAAAAAAAUGUUUUUAGAGACAGGUUCUUGCUCUGUCACACAGGCUGGAGAGCAGUGGCAUAAUCAUAGUUCAUUGUAACCUUGAACUCCUAGGCUCAAGCAGUCCUCCAGCUUCAGCCUCCCAAGUAGCUAAGACUGUAGGCAUGCACCACUACACCUGGCUAAUUUUAAUUUUUUUUUUUCUUUUUUUGAGAUGGACUCUGGCUUUGUUGCCCAGGCUGGAGUGCAAUGGCACAAUCUCAGCUCACUGCAACCUCCACCUCCUGGGUUCAAGUGAUUCCCCUGCCUCAGCCUCCCGAGUAACUGGGACUACAGGUGCACGCCACCACGCCCAGCUAGUUUUUGUAUUUUUAGUAGAGAUGGAGUUUUGCCACGUUGGCCAGGAGUUUUGCCAUGUUGGUCUCAAACUCCUGACCUCAAGUGAUCUGCCCACCUCGGCCUCCCAAAGUGCUAGGAUUACAGGCACGAGUCACUGCACCCGGCUUAAUAUUAAGUUUUUAAAUUUUUUGUAGAGAUGGGUCUCACCAUGUUGACCAGGCUGGUCUUGAACUCCUGGCCUCCUAAAGCACUGGGAUUACAAGCAUGAGCCACCAUGCCUGAUCCAUAAAUUGUUCUACUGAUACCAUUUGGUUUUGUUAGAAUUUGGGGGGGCUGUAGAAAACAAGGUUACAGUCUUCAUUAGUAUUUCUUUUUAGCAGUAACAACAAAAUAGGCAAUUAGACCAGUAUUCAUUUGGUACAGUCUUUAAAUCGGUCAUCCAAUUAACCUUUAAAAAGUAGGUUAUGCUCUUAAAUUGUAUUGGCUCUUAAAUAUGUGUUAUACCAGAGUAUGCACUCAAAUUUUAUGUAGUUGAAUUUGUAGAACAAAUUUGGGGAUAUUCAUUUUAUUUUUCCUUUUAUAUGAAAUUGUAUAAGUACAUUAGCUUGACUUAAAUUAUAAAAAAAUAUAUAUGAAGAAGAAUGUAGACCCUAUAAUGUUUUUUGUCUUUGACUUUUUGGCUUUUAUGUACCUCAUUCUUUCUGAUUGAGAACAAGUUUUGAAAAAGUGAUUCACUUGUUGGUUUUCAUCAUGGCAAAACUUUAAGUCAUCACACUAUGAGAAUUGUUUGUACACAUUUAUAAUUUUUUUAAAGUGUGUAAAGUAAGGAUUUUUCCUCCAUUCUUCACUCACAAAGGAUAGCAUUUUUAUGGAACCUAGAUUUACAAAGGAACUCGUGAUUCUUUUAAAUGCUUUUAUGUUGUUUUACAACUGAUUAAGAAAAAGUGUUUACAUUUAAUUCAGCUGUAUUUCCUAGUAGCUGUAUAAUCUUACACAUUAUUCUUAUGUAAUUUUGACCUAUUUUAUAUGAAAAUAAUUGUAUUGGCAUCUCUUCAUAAUUUAAUUCUCUUCUCUCCUUUUUUUGUUCCAAUUAGAUGAAUUUGGGAAAGGAGUAGGAAGACUAGGUAUCACAUGCCUUCCGUCUGAUUGUAAUCAGUCUCCUGGGUUUUUUACUAAUUUAAUCUUAAUCCUGUGCUUCUUUAGUCAUCAAAUUGAUAGAGGAUUACAAUUUUCUCUCAGGAUCCAAGUCUUCUAAGAAUGAAAAUGUUAAAGUCCACCCAGAACCAGCCAUCCAUCCUUGUAGACAUUUCUAUUUGGUUGAUUUAUAAAGAUUUAAUAUGAGUUAAACAUGUUUCUUAUUCUGUGAUCUCUAAUUAGAAAGUAAAAUUCUGUUGCCAUAAAUAUAAAAGAAA